AUGUUCGAAAACACCUGCACCCUCCCGCUUCACGCGGAGAUUUUCACAACAACGCUGCACCCAACAGAACCGCUAUUGACUGUUGGCCUCUCCAACGGCCUUGUCGAAACAUUUCGACUGCCCUCUAGCAAUUCCUCGGACGACGACGCCGACGGAGACUCGAGCGUGCUGAGCGAUGGGAGAUCGACGAUUAACUCGAUCUGGCGGACCAAGAGACACAAGGGAAGCUGUCGCUGUCUGGCCAACUCCCACGAUGGACAAUACCAGUACUCUGCCGGCACGGACGCCCUGAUCAAGCACUACGAUACUGCCACAGGCAAAGUUAUUUCAAAGUUUGCGAUUCCGACCACAACCUCGCGACCCGAUGGUCCAGCAAUGCUACACGUGCUGAACCCGAUGAGCCUCCUUCUGGCCACUGAUACUGGCGCUCUGCAUAUCGUCGAUUUGCGCGACGGCGCUCUUGGCAAAAAGCCUGCCCAAACGCAUUACCCUCAUUCCGACUACGUCUCGUCCAUUACGCCGCUCCCUCCAUCAGAAGAAAGCACCAGUGGCUUCCCCAAGCAAUGGGUUAGCACAGGAGGGACCACUCUAGCUGUUACAGAUGUUCGACGAGGAGUGCUUGUGCGAAGUGAGGAUCAAGAAGACGAACUUUUGAGCUCUUGCUUUGUGCCUGGCUUGGGACCCAAGAAGAACAGAAACAAUGGCGUCAUGGUCGUUGGAUCUGGAUCCGGCGUGCUGACCAUGUGGGACAAAGGGGCUUGGGAUGACCAACAAGAGCGUAUCAUUGUGGAUUCGUCAAAGACUGGCGGAGAGAGCAUAGACGCUGUCGUCAUGGUACCGAAAGAACUGGGAGUGGGCAAGAAAGUUGUCUGUGGCGUGGGUGAUGGUAGCCUGAGAAUCGUCGAUCUGGUACGGAGAGAAGUGGACACGACGCUCAAUCUGAGGCACGACGAUAUGGAGGGCGUGGUCUCGCUAGGAUUUGACUCGGAGAACCGUUUAAUUAGUGCUGGCGGUCGAACAGUCAAGAUCUGGGAGGAGCUAUCAGCGCUCCAGGGUGGUGAUAGCAACAGUGAGGAGGACGAGGAAGAUGACGACGAUGAUGAUUCGGAUGAUGAUGAAGAGCAGCCAAACGGCAAACGGGCUGCCGAGAGUGACAGCGACGACGAUGACAGCGACGACGGAGUAGAAGAGAUGAAGCAACGGGCCAAGAGACGAAAGGAGAUGCAGCAACAAAAGCUGGGCCCCAUGGGUGCUCAUGGCAUCCUGGGCUUUGAUGGUCUGGAUUAA